AUGAAUCCGGCAAACUUCACCAAUGUUGGCGGGGGCAUGAACGGCGGAGUCAAGCCGCAUGGCCAGAUGCAGCUUCCGCAGAAGGCGGAAAACAAUUCAAUAAUCCUCAGUCAAGUCGCCCAGGCGCUGCAGGCACAGGGCCAGUAUUCGGGUUGGCGAGCGGAUGUCCCUGUCAGGGAGCGAGCCCUCAAGGUCUAUCAAAUGAUCACCUCCCUUCGUCUAAUCCAACCCCGGAUCGACAUGCAGAAUGCUGCGCAUGCGGCACUGACUUUUGAACAGAAGGCGUUUAAAGAUGCUAGCCAGAAGGCCGAUUACGAAAGGGAAUGCAAUGAAAAGCUCCUCCACAUCCGGGAUACUCGUGCGAGGCAGGCGGCUGUGAUGCAAGGUGGGAUGAUGCCCCAAGGGCCAGCAGCGGGAAUGCCCGGGGUCGGACAGCCGCAAUUUGCCCCCCAAAUGAAUCGUCCCGUGCAAGCAUCGCCGAUGUCUGGACAACAACAAAUGUCGAUGGGCAUGGGCGACCUUAGCCAACAAUCUGCUAUGCAACAACGCCAACAACAGCAGCCGCACCAAAACGUACUACAGCAACAACAACAACAGCAACAACAGCAACAACAGCAACAACAGCAACAACAGCAACAACAGCAACAACAGCAACAACAACAACAACGCCCACAACAAAGGCCGGGUGGCGCGGCAGCGCUUUCGGACGACUUAAACACCCUUUCCGCGCAGGAGUAUGAUCAAGUCUGUCGCAUAGCCGCUCAAAUCAUCUCGAAAACCUCUCCAGAGGACCUUGAUAAGAUCAAGAUAAAUUUGCAGAACAUGACACCAGAACAACGAGGGUACUUGCAAAGGAAGAACAUGGACCCAAUCACCUAUUUCUUUCGCUCACAGGCUCUCACCCAGUUGAAGAGGUACAAGCGGACCCGGAACGAUCUAAACCGCCCGCCAGGUGCUGGGGUUGACCCUAACAGUGCCAUGCUAGGCGACCCUGUGCUGAACACACAACGGCAAAUGUUCCAGAAUAUGAUAAACCUGCAACGGAACUCUUUUUCGAUGGGGAACCAGCAAAAUUUGGAUCCGUCGUCCUUUAUUGGUAAUGUUGAGAACAUCCAGGGGCAGCAAGCCGAUGGGCUACGCUCUCAGGAAGCAGGCCAGCUUGUGGUCCCUGCUAGCUCCUCUCAGAUGAACCAACCGCCGUUCACGACGCCGCAAAAUAUGUUCCAGGUUGGACAGCAGCUUGGCCAGGGCUCGCAAGCAAAUAUGAACGGCUCUGGUAUAAGCCCUCAGUUUCUUGCCCAGCAGCAUGUACAGAAUGCACAGAGUAUGCCGCAAGAUAGACCUCAACAAGCAUCUCAAUUUCAAGCGCAGCCACAGGCACAAUCUCAGUCAGCCCAAGACCAAGCACGGGUGCAAGCAGCAGCAAAGGUCCAAUUUGCCAUGUCUCAUCAAAAUCAACCUGGCGCGCGAAUGCAACAUCAAAUGUCACAACAAAGCCCGGCUAUGCCGAUGUUGAAUCGACCAAUGGCCCCAGGGCAGAUGUCUCCGGCACAAGUAGCGGCUCAAGUCCGGCCCCCAUCCCGACAGCCAGGCAUGGGACAGCAGCCUACCAACGUUCAAUCUAUCAAUGGACAGCCGCCUAUGCAAAGACCUCAGAUUCCUCCUAACCUCCCGCCGGCAGUCCAAGAGCAGCUCGGUCAAAUGACCAAUGAACAGUUGACCAUUUUCAUGCUGAACCAACAUCGUCGUGCGAUGGCCAACAAUCAGGCUUUAGCUAGGGCAAGCGCUUCGCAACAAUCGAUGCCCAUGCAACAAACCCCAUCCCAGUCCAGCCAAGGACAGCAGAUGGUCAAUGGCCAGAUGAUGAACGGUCAGAUGGCAAAUGGUCAGAACCUGCGGGCUUCUCUGAAUCUGCAACAGCAGCUUGCGUCCAUGAGCGGUGCCCAACCGCCUAAUCAGAUGUUGCCAGGACAGAUGUCCGUCCAACAGCGCCAGCAGCAGCAGCAGCAGCAGCAGCGUCAGCAAGAUCUCUACAAGCUUCAGCUACUUCGUCAGCAUAGCGGAGGAAUGGAAAUGUCUUCGGACCAGGUGAAAGAGAUGGAUCGAUUGCAUUUCCCUCCAGCGAUCCUGCACAAUAAUCCGAGCAUCUCAUCGGCUGUACCCAAACACAUCAAAACCUGGGGUCAACUGAAACAGUUGGCAGCUACAAAUCCGCAGCUGUUGGGGGGCGUCGACAUCUCCAAGCUAAUGGCGCUACAGAAGCUUCAUCUUGCGCAGAUCCUCGCCCAAUCAAAAGAAAACGCUCGCAACCCUGAACAGACUGGACAGGGUCCCUGGAUGCCAAUGCCGUUCCAGGGGCAGCCGCAGCCAUUGAUGAACCCACAGCUUCAACCUGGUCAGCAACAGAUGCCAAUGAAUUUGCCUAUUAUGCGACCCAUCAGUGCGCAGGAUAUCCAAUUGGCCCGUCAACGUUUAGGCACUCAGGUACAGAACUUGAGCGACGAACAGCUCCGAGAGUUACUCCACCGUAACAGACAGAAGCAGAUUCAGGCGGCCCAGAAUCGAGCGGCACAGGCUCUUGCGGCCCAACAGGCUCAACAAACCCAGCCGGCACCACAGCCCCCGGUAACUGUGGCGUCUACUAUGUCUCAAGCUAAACCGGAGUCGCAACCCUCCCAACAAACGGCGCAGCAGCCCCAGCAAAAUUUGACGGCAAAGACCCAGGCUCAGACUGCAUCAGCUGGGAAGAGCGCUAAAGGACCCGUUGCAAAACAAUCGCUGAAGAGAAAGGGGCAACAUGACGAUCCUGCCGAACCUCAGGCGACACCCGCGCAAAAGCCGGUUCAGCCUACAGCAGGGUCAACCCCUGCACAGGUUCGGCCAAAUAUGUUCAUCACUCGUGAGCAAGUGGCUGCUAUGACUCCCCAGCAACGCGCACAAUUCGAAGCACACGUACGCAGGCAGCAACUUCAGAGCCGCGGCGGCUCCAUAAGCAGAGCGUCCGCGGAAGAGGCGUGGAAUAACUUGCCCGAAAGGUUCAGGCAGAUGUACAAUGAGAUAUCAAGAAAUCUGCCUCCAAUAGAGCCGGUUGCCAUAACGCCAGAGCAGAAGACGACCAUGUCCCAGCAACUCCGGGAUAUCACUGAUUAUCUAGGUAGAAUGGAUGCGCUUGUGCAAUUCAUCGCUAAGAUUCCCGGCCAAGACAAAAAUGUGCGCAGCCUGCUUGGAAUGCGGAUCCAUUUGAUGAGGCAAUUCAAAGCUGGGCCUGAAUGGACUCUCAAUGAUCAAAUCACGCUUACGCCAGAUUAUCUUUCGGGUACCACCAAUUAUAUAAAGAAGCUGUUCCACCAUAUGAUUGCGCGCGUCAAUCAACAGCAAAAUCAGGUACCAGGCUCACGACCGAGCGUCUCCCAGGGAGCAUCUGCACAGCCAAACCAGCCCAACAUGCCGGCCUUGAACGCGAGCAAUCUGCAACAACUGCAACAGCAGGAGGAAGCACUUCAACGGGCCCGCAGAGCCUCUAGCCAGACUGUUUCGGGCACUUCCGCCAUUCCGCAAGCGCCGUUUGGAGCUCCCUCUCCCCAGGGUGUCCCUCAUGCUUAUGGACCGGGCAGCAUUCCCCCGGAGCAACUGAAACUCCCCCCUCCGAAGAAACGAAAGCAGUCUCAUGCUGGUGCUACACCAGCUCCCGGCACGCCGGCUUCCAAGGCACAGCUAAUCAAGCAGGCCGAUACAAGGUCGACUGGCGCGGCCUUGGCUGGUGCUUUCAAAUGCAGUGCCCCCGAGUGUCAGAAUAGUUAUCAAAGCUUCGCGACUCAGAACGCAUUGGACAAGCACACCGAAGAAGUCCACAAGAUCGAGGAGACGAUUGAAAACCCGUUGGAGUUUGCCCUGGAGAGUUUCCGGAACAGCCUCGUGAAAGAAGAAGAUAAGAGUGGGCUGCAGGCCUUGAAGCAUACUCCGCAGGUUGCCGGUAAACCCGGUACAAUGUCGUCACCAUCGAAGAACGAAGUCAAAUUUGAGGCAGUCACUCCAGUGCCCAGCAGUGUAACUCCAAUGGGGCGAGCUCCCAGCCAAUUAGGCCCGAAGCCUAGUUCCCCGGCAUCAAACCAGCAAUUGACCCCUCGCACGUCUACGGCCAAAGCUCCCACGUCGUCGCCCCUCAAGCCAACCAGCAGCAAGGACGGUAAGAAGGAGCCGACAAAACCAGCCGAACAGGGGCCCUCUAUGGAUGCAGUUCCUCAGGAUCCCUGGGCAAGCAGUACGGUCUCCCUUGAUGCGAUACAGGACACAUUCAUGGAGUUUGCCGAUGAUGGCGGCCUGGGAUUCGGUGCCAUGGACGAAUUCCUGAACCCGGAGAUGUUCAUCAAUACGCAAGCGAAGGAUACGCCGGAUUCCGUUGAGACCGGCCUCAUUACCCAAACCCCGAAGGAUAGUGAGCUUCCCAAAAGCGUGGAUUUGACCGGCAAGAGAGAUAUGGCAGAAGACAGCUGGCUCCCUGCUGAUUGGAUCAGCUUCCCGGGUCGCCUGGAGGAUGGGGUUCUGCUGAAUGAUUCAUGGGAGGAUGUCGACUGGGAUAUGAUCGACCGCAAAGACGGGGCGAUUAAUGUGGACGAUAGCGGCAUUGCAAUUUGCGCCUUAUAG